UUAAUGUGACGGUAGGAAAAUACUGAAAGCAAUCUAUUCAAUUUAUUUUUUUGCAGUCAGUGUCCCAGUUUUGUAUAUUAAAAUACUGUUUCGGAUGUCUUGUUUUAGGUAACACUUGUUUUAGACAAGCAGAAUGAUAGCAUUACAUGUGUGGCUAGCAACACUACAUUCAUAAAACCCAAAAAAUUGCAACACUGUUGUUGUUAACGUCAUUGUAUUACUGAAACUGUCAAACCUAUUCAUAACAUAAUGUCAUUGAAAUGUCAUAACACACGGGUCAGUCAGUCAACGAACGUCUGUUGUUUAGGUUGUAGGAUUCAAAACUAUAUUUUUACGGAUAUGGAUUUUUGAUAAGAAUUAUUAAUUAAAGUUAACAAGAAUCAAUUAGAUGUUGACAUUUUGUCCACAUAUUAUACAAGAAUUAUAUUUGUGUCGCAGUGGCGAGCUCUUGGUAGACAUUAAGCGUAGCACCAUGUGCUUGUGAAUCAAAAUAUAUUUACAAAUCUGUCAAUUUAUAUAACUACAAGAUGGAAACAGAGCCUAAGGAAAAUUCAGAUUUGCUUAGAAAACGAAAUAAAAUAGAAGCGAAUGGCGUCCUCAGUACCGACGAGCCGAAGGGUCCAGCUGAUGGGGGCAUCAGAGCAUACUCGGUCAUGAUUGCAUCGUUCCUGACAAAUGGCCUCUUGUUCGGCGUAAUAAAUUCGUAUAGUGUAAUCUAUACCGUCUUCGAAAAACAUCUUAGAGAAGAUGGAGUACCUAAUGCAGAGAGUCGAGCUGCUUUGGUGGGGUCGCUAUCAAUGGGCACUACAUUCUUCCUGUCACCUGUAUCUGGUGUGCUGGCAGGGAUCUUCGGACUUCGUCUGACUGCUGUGAUGGGAGGUUUAAUAGCCUCCACCGGCUUGCUUAUAUCCUCAUUUGCCGAGUACAAUGUCAAUGUUCUCUAUUUCUCGUAUGGUAUAAUGUACGGGUUAGGAGCAUCUUUUGCAUAUACGCCUUCCUUAGCCAUUCUAGGCCAUUAUUUCAAAAAGCAUUUAGGCAUGGUGAAUGGUAUUGUGACUGUAGGAAGUUCUAUAUUCACGGUAAUUAUGCCACCACUAAUGGAAUAUAUGAUUCGUAAUCAUGGACUCGCUUGGCUCUUCAGGCUUUUGGCCCUAUUCACUUUAGGUAUAGCAUUUUGUGGUUUAUUAUUUAAACCUAUUCCAUUGAUCAUAGUCAAACCUACCAGGGAAGAUGAUACCUUCAAAUCGAUGUUAAAAACAAUUGUUAAUGUAGAAAUUUGGAAGAUAAAGCAAUAUAGAUAUUGGGCAUUGUCCAUGCCUGUAGCAUUAUUUGGUUAUUUCGUUCCUUAUGUCCAUAUAAAGACAUUUAUUCAAAGUAAUUUUUAUAAUGUCAAUGAAAACUUACCAUUGCAAUGUAUAGCUAUCAUGUCUGGCGUAGGGAGGUUGACGUUUGGCUUCAUAGCCGAUAAACCAGGAAUAAAUAGGAUUUUGUUACAGCAGAUAUCUUUUUACGUUAUUGGUUGCCUAACUAUAAUAUUACCCUUCAUAAAAAUAUUUGGGUUAGUGGUAUUCAUAUCUCUUUGUAUGGGGUUGUUUGAUGGCGCUUUUAUCUCGUUAAUAGGUCCUAUAGCAUUUCAGUUAUGUGGGCCCUCGUACGCUGCGCAAGCAAUUGGUUGUAUGCUAGGACUUGCUGCAGCUCCACUGUCUGUAGGCCCUACGGUCGCUGGGUACCUUUACAGUAUUCACCAAUCUUACACAUUGCCCUUCGUCCUCGCUGGUAUAUCCCCGUUAAUUGGAGCAACUCUUAUGUUUACAAUCCGCCUUAAAAAUGUUCCUUCGAGUCAUCAAUCAGCUAAUGCGAAUGGCGUUGCCAGACCCCCAUCUGCAAUUCACGUCGAACAACCUCCAGGCCAGUUACUUAGAAACGGACAAGCAAAUCAACAAACAAAUUUAUAACAUAAUGUAACGUUCACGAUGUGAAUAAAAAAAGCAAUUGACUGCCAUGCCGUCUUAACGAUAAUAAUAAGUGAACAGACUAAUAAUAGUCUAUGGUAAGCUAAAAAUCAAACACAAACGCAGCCACCGCGAUGCGACGGUUUAAUAAUUUAGUCGCCAGCAACUUGAGAAGUUGAAGAUUUUGUCAUGCGUUUGAAGCUUUUUAUUUUGUCAAGAAGUUCCACAUUUAGUAAUACAAAAAGGCAUUAUAAUAUUUUUAUAGAUGUCAUUGUAGUAUUGGAGUUGAAAAGGAGGGGCAAUUUAAAAAAUUACCUUCCUAAUCGAUCAUGAGAUGGAUAAUAUAAUUGUCGUAUUUUGUCAAUUUUAUACACCAAAGUAAAAUUAAUUGCCGAAUCGGCUGUUAAUAUGUAUUGUAGCGUUGACACUGUAUGCGCACAAUAAGCAUUUCCAAACGUUGAAAUUUAACACGCUAUUAUAGACUUAUUAGAAUACAUUAUUCAAUAAUAUUAGUCAUGUAAGAUAUACUCUAUUUAGAUUUUAGUAUAAGUUUUACUGUUGAAAAACUAUUCAAAUGUAUGCAUUUAAAGUAAAUUGAAUUGCAUAAUAUACCUACUAAUUAAGCUUCCCUUUUAUGGUUACCGUUUAAAGUUCCUAGUUUAGUUUAAUAUAGUUAAUUGUAUGUUAUUUUUUAAUUGUUACGUUAGUCAUCGAGAGUCUAAGAAGUACGAAGAGAAGUUGUUAAUUUAGCUUAGGUAUUUAGAUUUAUGUAUGUUUGAGAGCAGCUAUUCUUUAAUGACGAUAUCGCCUAUUUAUUUUAUGCGUGCUAAACAAAAUAAAGUACAUAACUAGACUGAUUUGAGCCCUGAAGUUAUACAUAUUAUUAAUUGACAUCAGAACUACGUUAGCGACAUUUGACUAUAAAUUGACCACUUAUAUUGAAUAUAUUUUAUGUUUCUGACCUAAGAAAUAAAUAAAAAGCCUUUCUAUGUAUUUAAUGCAGAUAUAUUACGAAACAAAGUAUUUUGUUAGAAGGGGUAAAAUAUACCUAAUGCUUAUUUUAUUAAACCAGGGUGAGAAAAUGAGUUACAUGACGAAUACUAAGAUGUCUGAAGUCUGAACCUUAGUAUAGAAUCAGAAUCUCGAUUAUUUAUUUAUUUAUAAGUUGGCUAUGUUAUUUAUUAAAUGAUUUGAUGAAACAAAUCCUAAUACCUAUUGGAAAAUUAUUCAUGAAUAAUUUUGUGCUGUUGUAAAAUGUGGUGUUUUUACGUUACAUUUUAUUUUUUUUACAUUUUACGUUUACAUUUUUGUCUUGUUCAUUUGACUUAAUGGUGUAUUUGACUAAAGAAACCUAAUUAGUUGAUGAAGCGUGUCAGAUUUUGAAUCAUAGCAGUGAGGGCUAGUAUCCUUGCUUGCCAUUAAAAAGUGAAUUGGUAACUUAACUUGGCAACUCUGUAUCUACAUUUAAUAUUUAGGCAAUAAAAAAAUCUAAAGUAUUUUAUGAAUACAAUUCAGUUUCUUAAGUCAAAUACCCCAUUAUGAGCUCUUAAAAUAUCACUGUCGUCUUUGUCUGAAUUUAUACGCAAGCAUGUUUCGACAAAAAAUACUUUUCUUUUUUCAUUUUAUUUACUUUCUAUUCCCGUACUCGCAGUGUAGUGUCCAUCUUGCAUCUAUAACGGUACAUCAUAAUGUAAGUUCUCGAUUUAAUCUAAUUUAAUUCGAUUUUUUUUUCAUAACUUUUGUACACACAUUAUGUAUUUUUUUCACUUAAGGUACAAUUAUAACAGUACUGCAGCUUUAUUUCUUAUCUUGCAACACCAACAAUAAGGUAAAACGUAUUGUUGUAUUUUUUUUCUAUGUUCUGUACGAAUGCAUUUUAAUAAGUUGCAAAUUAUAAGUGCUAGCUGCGACCCACCGAAUUUCAAGUUCUCAUUUCUAACGACAAAAAAUCUAGCAUGCGCACUCUGCUAAAGGAUGAAAAUGAAUGAGGUGUACGCAAUAAUAAAGUACAAUAACUUUUAUGAGAGACCUCUACUUGCCAAGUAAGAACCUACUGUAAAACAAAAUCGAAAAUAAAUUGUGAAAUUAUUUAGAACAACCAUUAGGUAUCUGAAUAUAUAAAAUGACUUAAAAAAACGGUAGGACGCUGCUGUUCCUUUUUUUUUCCAAAAUUAUCCUUUAAAAUAUGAAAGUGAGCAGUUCUGCUUUAAAAUGCAAUAAAUUGCUAUUUGAAUGCUGUAACUGACAGUAAUUUUGUAACUAAAAAGUUUUAUUUGUAAAGCCAUAACAUUGUAUCGUCAUUAUAAAAAGCUGUGAUAUGAAAAUCAUAAUCAUUGUUAACUUUUAAUAAUUGUGUAAUAUUAGAUAGAAUAUAUUUAUUUACUUAUAACCAACUAAGUACAUUUUUGGUGCGACAUUUUAUGUAAUAUGACUUACCUUUUAUUAAACAACCUUAAAGGUUUUAAAAUAUUUUAUUAAAUAUAUACCUACCUGUCUACUGUUCUCUUAGUAAAAUGAUAAGUGUAUGAUAUUCACAUCAUAUCUUAAUAUCCAUGUUAUUGCCUUCGUUAGAACGAAAUUUGUGUAAAAAAGAAAUAAUAAUUUGUUCUUCCUUUA